AAAGCCGAAGGUUUCAGAAGCUUUUUCCCGCCAACAAUGGCGCCCAAAUCCGAUAACACAGACGCAAUCGUUCUCAGAUUCGUGAAUGAGCAAAAUAAACCACUGAAUUCUCAAAAUGUGGCGGAUGCGUUGCAAAAGUUCAACCUUAAGAAGACGGCAAUACAGAAAUCGCUGGAUACUCUUGCUGAUGGUGGAAAGAUUUCGUUCAAGGAGUAUGGUAAGCAGAAGAUAUACCUGGCUCGGCAAGACCAGUUUGAUAUUCCAAACAGUGAGGAGCUUAACCAGAUGAAGGAUGCAAAUGCGAAGCUGCAAGAACAGUUGGCUGAGCAAAAGAGGGCAAUCAGCGAGGUUGAGGGAGAGAUUAAAGCUUUGCAGUCAAAUUUGACCCUGGAACAAAUAAAGGAGAAAGACACCAAACUGAGAAAGGAGGUUAAGGAACUGGAAGACAAGUUGGAGAAAUUGCGAGGAGGAGUUACCUUGGUCAAACCUGAAGACCGCAAGAUUAUUGAGCAAAUGUACUCGGAGAAGAUAAGUCAGUGGAGAAAGCGUAAGAGGAUCUUCAAAGAUCUCUGGGACACUAUAACUGAAAAUUCACCUAAAGAUAUCAAGGAGUUCAAGGUUUGUUGGCUACUUUGUUAUUCAAGCUUAUGGAUUCUGCCAUGUUCUAGUCUUAAUAAUCUCUUAUGUUAUUGCAGGAAGAGCUUGGGCUUGAAUAUGAUGAAGAUGUUGGUGUGAAUCUUCAGUCAUUCAGUGACCUGCUGCCAAAGAGUAAGAAGCGGCCUAGAGGCUGGUGAUGUUUAUGGUGAAGUUAUGCAUAGUCAAAGGGUAGAAAUGAGUUCCCUGGUUUAUUUAACAAAGGAUAGUCUACUUAUGUAUAUUCUGCACUCUGGAGAUUAUCAUUUAGGUUUAUGUAUCCCCGUUGGUUAAAUUUACUGCUGUUACAUGCUGAAACUUUUGUAAGUGAUUAGUAUGCUGAAAUCUAGAUCUAAGGGGUUUUGACACAAGUCCUAGUGUCGGGCAUACACCAUUUUCUUGGUGUCUUGCUAAGCUGAAAAGGACCAACUUUGAGUUACCUCUUCUUUCAUACUUCAUGAUUUAUGAGCCA